CAUCGCGCGUGUAGGCAGUUACACGAAUUCUUGGUUUUGUUUUAGACACACAGUUUGUCUUAAGUCGCGCGUUAUUGCGUUUUUCAUCUGCCUCACAGCGAAAAUAACUGUUAGUUAGCGAUGUUAAGACUUAGGAACAAGAAGAGGAGGUGACAAACUACGGAACAGCCUCCACUCGGUGCUCAGAAAACAAGCGGCUGUGGGCAGAAGCAGAUCCCGGAACUUGAAACGGUCGGAAACGAGCUAACAUUAGCUAGCUUUUUGUUGACAGAGUGCUGCUGUCAAACCAGAUCACCGCCUUAUCUAAACUCACUGUAGGCUGUUAGCUAAUCGCUUCACAACUUGUACCAGCGACGUUCAUUUAGUAGGUCGCUAGACUCGUUUUUAGAGCGAAAUUUGGUAGUUUCCGUCACUUUUAACCACUUGUGGAUCUAGAAGAUGGCAUCAAGAGGAGGAGGAUUCACACCGAUGAAUAUGAAUGUGAACCCCAUGAACGUUGGGCACGCUGCGGGCAUGAGGAUGCCAGGUAUGCCCCAACCGACGGCGGGAUACUCCCGGAGCAUGCACACCGCUCCCCAGUACCCUCAGCGCCCAGGGAUGCCAUCCAACAGAGUGGGGGGCCCCAUGGGGUCAAUGGGGGGUCAGCUGCCUGGUCCCUCUUAUGGUGGUGGGAACAUGUCCAUGCGGCAAGGCAUGGGGCCUCCAAGCAUGGACGCCUCGAGGAAACGCUUUCUUCAUCUGCAUCAACAGCAGCAGCAAGAGGCGCUGGGAGGCCUCAGACGAGGGGCAAAAAGACGCAAGAUGGCAGACAAGGUUCUCCCACAGAGGAUCCGAGACCUGGUCCCAGAGUCCCAGGCCUACAUGGAUCUCUUGGCCUUUGAGAGGAAACUGGAUCAGACCAUUGCCCGAAAGCGUAUGGAGAUCCAGGAAGCCAUCAAGAAGCCCAUUAUGCAAAAACGCAAGCUCAGGAUCUACAUUUCCAACACGUACACUCCCAGCAAGCCGGAGGGCGAGGAGGCCGAGAAGGUGUCCUCCUGGGAACUGAGAGUGGAGGGAAAACUUCUGGAAGAACCUGGCAAGCAGAAGAGGAAGUUCUCAUCUUUCUUCAAAAGCCUGGUGAUCGAGCUCGAUAAGGAGCUCUAUGGACCUGACAAUCACUUAGUAGAGUGGCACAGGAUGCCCACCACUCAGGAGACCGAUGGUUUCCAGGUCAAAAGGCCUGGUGAUGUGAAUGUUAAAUGCACCCUCCUGCUCAUGCUCGACCACCAGCCCCCUCAGUACAAACUGGACCCACGGUUGGCUCGCCUGCUGGGUGUGCACACACAGACGCGGUCCAGCAUCAUGCAAGCGCUCUGGCUCUACAUCAAGAACAACAAGCUGCAGGACUGUCACGAGAAGGAGUACAUUAACUGCAACCGCUAUUUCAGACAGAUCUUUGGCUGUCCUCGCAUGAGGUUCUCUGAGAUUCCCAUGAAACUGGCCAGCCUGCUGCAGCACCCUGACCCCAUCAUUAUCAAUCACAUGAUUAGUGUGGACCCCACAGAUCAAAAGAAGACAGCAUGCUAUGACAUUGAUGUGGAGGUGGAUGACCCACUGAAAAGCCAAAUGAACAGUUUCCUGUCCUCUACAACCAACCAACAGGAAAUUGCUGCACUGGAGAUGAAGAUACAUGAGACGAUUGAGUACAUCAACCAGCUGAAGACAGAGAGAGACUUCAUGCUGAGCUUCAGCAAUAAUCCACAGGACUUCAUCCAAGACUGGCUCAAGUCUCAGUGCAGAGAUCUGAAGUUGAUGACGGAUGUGACAGGAAACCCAGAGGAGGAGAGGAGGACUGAGUUCUACCAGGCGCCCUGGGUACCAGAGGCAGUGGGCAGAUACGUUUACUCCAAAGUGCAGCAGAGAAGACAAGAGUUGGAGCAGGUUUUGGGUAUCCGACUCACCUAAAGACACAUGCCAGAGCUCAAGUUUAUUCAAAACCUACUAAGUUGAAAUUGAAAUUUUCUUUGAAAGAUAUAAGCUAAUGCUGCAGCUUAAAUAUUCACAAAGCCAUCUUUACUGGCGUGGUAUCGUAACCCACCUUCCCACUGGGAUAAAUGUAAGAUAAUAGAUCAAAAAUCAACAAAGUGUAUAUGGGACCAAAGUGAUGAUUAACAUGUCCCUAACAAUAUGUUUGCCUUUCAUUAUCUGUCAUUUUGAGCCUGUUCGAAAAAAAUGUUGCUGUGUUUCACAAUAUGUAUUUUUUAAGGUACAAUAUGCUUAAGACAUUUUAAGCAUUGGUGCUGUCGAGGUGUUUUUUACCGUCUUAUUUUGUGCUGUUUUGAAAAGUUAAGUUUACCUUCAUAUGUGAAAGCCAUAAUCUUCAGAGAGGAACAAUAUCUGUUGAUAGAAUUAAACAUUUUAUUGCAAAAUAUACAUCCAUACUGAAUGCAUUUCACACGGGAAAUGUUUUUUAUUCUAAAAAUAAAUUUAGAAAAUGAGGAUUAUAUUCUAAAAAAACAGGAACUCUUAAGAUUCCUCAUGACUUGAAUAGGAACUUACAAGAAAUUUGUCAUGCCAGCAAUAUUUUAGGUGCUGUUUUUUUGUAUUGGUGGAUGUAUGAUUUGCAAUUAAACACUUCUUUAAUGUGUAAGAAAGCAGGACAGCUCCACAUUGGGACAAGGGAAAAGGUUGAGCUCCCUACUUGGGUCCACUCUGUCCAGCUGUAAUUCAGCAUUCUUCUUUUCUUUUUUGUACUUCUUGGAUGUUUACAUGCUGUUUUCAUUUGUUUUGGGGGUUUUAACGCCAGGAAGAGGAACUGUGGCGGCUCUUGGGAUUGAAGCGUUCUUCCUUGGAAGAUCCAAACCUCCCACGGUGACCUGGUAUUGAUAAAAUAGGAAUGCAGUUUUAGUGUGUCAGUUAAAAUCUACCAUUUUUUUAUGUACAGUUUAUAGUUUCAUGAGUUAACUUUUCACUGAGUUGUUAUGUUUUUGGAUGAGAGGGUUUUCUGAAUCUCUUUAAACAUUCCAUGUUAAGAUAUCGCUGUGCCAAAAUUUGUUUUGUGAAGAAGGCACUUAGAAUUUGAGAGAUGUUGUGUACAAUAUUUUUGUACAGCCUCUUUGUAAUAUGUUUCAUGUUGUGUAUCAAUCAAAUGCCUUUAUCUUUUCUACAUUUGGAGUAUUUUUUACAAUAAAUGUACUUACAAAUGUC